AUGGGAGAUGAUACCUGCAAGAAAACCAAGGUUUCAUGGUCAAAAACAGUCACGAAAUGGUUCAACUUCAAGAACAGAGCUGAGGAUUUCCAUGCAGAUGAAUUCAGCCAUGGAGAUAAUGAUUUAUAUGAAAGAGAAGGGUUCACCAUCAACAGAAACAGAAGAAGAGAGAGAUCAAGCAAGAAGUAUGCUAGUCAAGUGAUGGAUGUCAAUGAUUAUAGGGUCUUUGUAGCUACAUGGAAUGUGGCUGGGAAAUCACCAACAAGUUCUUUAAAUCUUGAAGAUUGGUUGCAUACCUCACCUCCUGCUGACAUUUAUAUUCUUGGGUUUCAAGAAAUCGUCCCUCUAAAUGCCGGAAACGUGUUGGGCACAGAAGACAACGGUCCAGCUAAAAAAUGGCUAGAACUCAUUCGGAGAACGCUCAACAGUCUUCCUGGGACAAGUGCUCGAAAUCCAACUGAUUCAGAUUUCGAAGGAUCGAUAAUAGAAACGAACCCAUCUUUCUUGAACCGACACGCUUUCCAGUCACUGAGCCGUAGCAUGAGGAUAAUUGAGCAUGACGUGCAGCAGCCGGGGCUCGACCGCAGAUACAGUGUCUCUGAUCGGAUCAUGUUCAGAAAUCGAACCAACGGUUAUGACCCAAAUCUUAGAUCUUCAGAUGAAGAUAACGGGCCAGAUGAUUCACCCGAUAGCGUACCUUAUUGUGAUAAACGGGCAGGGAACUCUAGGUACUGUUUGGUCGCGAGUAAGCAAAUGGUCGGAAUAUAUCUUACGGUUUGGGUAAAGAGUGAUCUUAGAGACAAUACUCGGAAUAUGAAAGUGUCAUGUGUCGGUAGAGGAUUAAUGGGUUACCUCGGAAAUAAGGGUUCGAUUUCGAUUAGCAUGUCGUUGCACCAAACGAGCUUUUGUUUCAUCUGCUGUCACUUGACUUCGGGUCAAAAGGAAGGUGACGAGCUGAGAAGAAACGCUGAUGUGAUGGAAAUCCUGCGCAAAACAUGGUUUCCGAGAGUUGAAGGAACGAGAGACGAGAAAUCACCUCAAACGAUUCUCGAGCAUGAUCGAAUAAUAUGGCUCGGCGACUUAAAUUACCGGAUUGCCCUUUCUGCCCGCUCCGCAAAAGCUCUUGUUGAGGCACGCAAUUGGAGGGCAUUGUUGGAAAAUGACCAGCUUCGUAUUGAGAAGAGGAGCGGACGUGUAUUCGAAGGAUGGAAUGAAGGGAGAAUAUAUUUCCCUCCCACAUACAAGUAUUCGAAUAAUUCCGAUAUAUAUGCAUGCAACGAUAUGCACCCUAAAGAAAAGAAACGAACUCCGGCAUGGUGCGAUCGUAUCUUGUGGUAUGGAAGAGGACUCCAUCAAAUGUGUUACGUUCGUGGGGAGUCGAGAUUUUCGGAUCAUAGACCCGUUUAUAGCAUAUUUAUAGCAGAAGUCGAGUCUGUAAGCCGUUGCAAAAUCAAGAAAAACGCAAGUUGUUCUUCACGGAUCGAGGUCGAAGAGCUUUUGCCAUAUGAAUCGAAACGAGGAAGUCAAACCACUUGGAUUGUGGCACCGGUGGAAAUCUCAUCGUCUUCGAGUUUGAAUAUUGACGCUGCCAAAGCCCUUGUAACCGUCGAGGUCGGCUGGACUAAGCCAUCUACGGUCCGUUUGGUUUGCGGGAUUUGGAAUUCGAUUUUGUUCCAAUCCUACAUUCCGCUUGAAAGGCUGGUUGAUAUCACAUUUGUCUUGGAAAAUGAAGGUGGUUCGGAUAUAAUUAACCAAAUAUAA